AUGAUCAUAAGCCUGCUCUCUAACCUUAACCUACCGCUUAAGCGUCACGACCAGUCAACCGAUGAGAACGGCUACGAGUUCAAGAGCAUCGUUGAAGAUGCGUUCGAACAGGCCCGAAACCAGUGUCUAGCCAAUCUUUCUGCGAUGAAGAGUUUUACCGCCGCCAACGGAGUUACUGGGAUGCUCAAAGCCAAUGGCAAAGGCACACCCGACGCAGUCAAGCCCACGCCACAAACCCUCGAGAGCGCCGUCGAAACCCUCAGCGCAACCACCGACAGAACAACGGUCGCCAAGCCCAGGGAAGACGCGAUAACCAAGGGAACAAAUCGAGGAAGCCAGUCCGAUGCCCUGGACAGCGAAGAGGAGAAGCAAUCCAGAGAGAGCAAGAGAGCAGAUCUGAGAGAUCAGCGGGUCGCCGCAUCCACUGCGAAGAGACUCGUUCACUUCAUCAGUGAUAUGGCCAAGGACCCCGAGGAGGUACAGAUUCAAGUCAUCCAGCGCUGCUUCUUGGAUAGCACCCUUCAGGACUUCCUAUUCGAAGCCGAACUCACCCUUCACAUGAGAGAGGUCGUGAUGAGCAAUGCGAAGCGUCAAACCGACACUGCAGCCAGGCCAGGCAGUCACCGACACUCUAUUCUUACUAUCAGGGAAGCGAACUUCACCCAGAAACGGUCGAUACAAUAUUAUACAACAGUUUUGCAAUAA